UGACAGAUGACGUGCGGAGGACACUUCGCAAAAAAAUGGCGACGAUGGUCUUCAAGGUAUGACGUUUGACCUAAAAAUAUAAACAAAUUUUUUGUUUACAAUCCUAGGAAAUUUCAAUAGCGAGAUUUCCUUACAACAGCUACCAAUGGCUGAGGCGGUAAUAGACCUAGUGUCCGAUGAAAGUGAAAUAAAAUCAAAAAACGGCAAUCUGGAAUGUCCAGUCUGUCUCCAAGGAUGUGUCCAUCCCGCAAAACUGCCUUGCGGACACGUUUUCUGCUACUUAUGUAUCAAGGGCUUCGCGAAUCAAAACAAGAAAUGCGCUAUGUGCAGACAAGAAGUACCAAUGGACUUUCUGGAACACCCAAAUCUGUUAGAACGACUGACCUUAGAAGACGUGAAGGUCUUCGAAGACGGGUACCAGUGGUUCUACGAAGGCAGAAACGGGUGGUGGAGGUACGACGAGCGGGCCAACGAAGAAAUUGAAGAGGCUUUCAAAGCAGAACUGCCAAACUUUGAACUGAUCAUUUGCGGAGAGUUGUACGUUGUAGAUUUCAAGAGCAACUAUCAGUAUUCGAAGAGGUGUCCGACGAGAAAGAGAGCCAUACGUAGGGACAAAAUUGAUAAUGUUGUGGUGAAAGGUGUAGCAGGAAUUCGUUAAACAUUGGAAGAAUAAAAGGCAUGUGUAUUGUAGAAUGUUUCAUUCAUUUCAUUGGAAACGACAGUCUGAAGAGCCCAUACACCAAGUUGAGAUGCAGUACUAGUUACUAGUAGUAGAUUUGUUUAGCUACAUAAAGAAUUACUAAAUUCAAAUUAUAUGAUGUAAAUGCUGGGUCAGCUAUAAUAGUAGAUUUGACAAGUGAUUUCUCAAUUCUACUUGAAUUUUGUCAGUCUUUUAUCCUUUGUAUUGAAUUUAUUAUAUUCAAUCAACCCUUGGAAUACAGAUUUGUAGCAUAUACUAUACUUUUCAACAUUAAAUGGAAGUCAUCUUUAUUUCUGGUAUUAUUUAACCAUUGCGAAAAAACACUGGACCUGCAGAUCAAC